GCCUAAACAAUUGAGAUUCUCCCCCAGACACGCAAGUAAAACUGCAACAUCCGAACGGUGUGGACGUUAAUGGUGUAUUCAUUGUUACAUGAGUUUAAAUAGCUUACUAACGACGUUUAUAACUAUUACAACUCAUUCAUCAUUGAUUAUAAAUCAAGAUGUUUGGCUUCCACAAGCCCAAGAUGUACCGGAGCCUAGACGGUUGCUGUAUCUGUCGGGCCAAGUCCUCCAGUUCCCGCUUCACCGACAGCAAGCGCUACGAGAGGGACUUUCACAGCUGCUUCGGGCUGAGUGAGGUGCGUUUUGGGGAGAUCUGUAAUGCCUGUGUUCUCCUAGUGAAAAGGUGGAAGAAACUCCCAGCCGGAUCCAUAAAGAACUGGAAUCAUGUUGUUGACGCUAAAGGUUCAGGGUCAAGCUGGAAGACCGUGAGGUCCAAGAAGAUGAAGAGAGCCAGGCCAAGCCAGAUCAGCCGAGUGCAGAAGGAGCUCAAGAGACACAACUCUGACGCCCACAGCACCACCUCCAGUGCCUCCCCCGCCCAUUCUCCCAGCUACAGCAACCAAUCAGACGAGGGCUCGGACGUGGAACUCUCACCAGGUGCCACCCACUCGCCAGUCUUCUCUUUCCUGGACCUCACCUACUGGAAAAGGCAGAAAGUGUGCUGUGGCAUCAUCUACAAGGGACGCUUCGGAGAGGUACUCUUAGACCCCCACCUCUACAAGCCCUGCUGCCAGAAGAAACGGCAGCACCAGCCAAAAGAGGAAGGAGAGGAGGAAGCACAGGCGAGCAGAGCGAAUGUGAUGCGCCACGCCCCACCGAACAGCUCCCCGCCCCUCCGGGUUAAAGAAGAUUAGGGGGGGGGAAGGAAGAGUGGGGAUUUGAUGUCGUAAUGUCACAUGACACUCUACAGAAGUCAGAUGGAGACCGUUGGGAUUUUAUGACGUCCUGGAGCGCUCUCAAGACAGUCUACUGGGAUUGCUUUCUAUUCCGGAGCAGCUGGACUAAUUAUUAAAUGUUGUGUUCUGUACUAGGAUGCAGUGAGGUUUGUUCUAUUAUAUCUGUUAACAAAUAUCAAUUAUUUCUCUCUGAGUGCUAUGAGAUUGUGAAUAUUCACAAUUUGGUUUCAAUAUGAAAUUUUGGAUUCACAAAAGCUGUAUGAGAAAUGGCGACCUCUGGAACUGCACCUUUUGUAGUAGGAUAGAGCCAUAUCUAUUAGGAUAGAGAACAGCCUUCCACACUCUGCCUUCUCCUGUCCUAUACCUCACACAUAUGUGUGUGCAAACACACACAUCGGCCCUGGUCACUUU